AUGGCGGGAGGAGGGACGACCUUAGAGUACACACCAACUUGGGUGGUGGCUCUCGUCUGCUCCGUCAUUGUCUCUCUCUCUUUCGCCGUCGAACGUCUCCUCCACCGUGCCGGAAAGCACUUUAAGAAGAACAAUCAGAAGCAGCUUUUCGGGGCAUUGCAAAAGAUCAAAGAAGAACUUAUGCUGCUAGGGUUCAUAUCGUUGCUACUAUCAGUAAGCCAAUCUAAAAUAGCAAAGAUUUGCAUACCGAAAGACUUGAGUGAAAAGUUUCUGCCUUGUAAGAAACCAAAGGCUGAUAAGUCCAUUGAAGACUCCUCUCAUUUCCAGUUCAGCUUCACCGGUCGUCAUCUCCUCGCCGGAGACUCCGCUGCCGGAGAAUAUUGCUCCCUAAAGGGAAAGGCUCCAUUAAUGUCAGUAUCAGCGCUGCAUGAGCUUCAUAUCUUCAUCUUCGUCUUAGCUGUUGCUCACAUUAUUUUCUGCCUCUUGACCAUUCUUUUUGGUACCAUGAAGAUAAUGCAAUGGAGAAAUUGGGAGGAUCAAGUUAGAGAAAAGAAUUACGAUGCAGACGAAGUGAUACAGAAGAAAUAUACAGCUGUCCAAGAACACGAUUUCAUCAGGGGACGAUUUCUUGGAGUUGGAAAAGCUGAUGCUUGCUUUGGAUGGUUGCAUUCGUUUACGAAGCAGUUUCUUGCUUCAGUCAAUAAAUCGGAUUACAUCACUAUGAGGCUAGGCUUCAUCACGACUCAUUGCAAGACCAACAAAAAGUUCAAUUUCCAUAAGUAUUUGAUGCGUGCUCUCAAUUCCGAUUUCAAGAAAGUUGUUGGUAUCAGUUGGUAUCUUUGGGUGUUUGUGGUUCUCUUCUUGCUUCUAAACAUUGCUGCAUGGCAUGUUUACUUCUGGCUAGCUUUUAUUCCUUUGAUCCUUUUGCUUGCCGUGGGGACGAAGUUAGAGCAUAUCAUUACAGAUUUGGCUCAUGAAGUGGCAGAGAAACACGUUGCAGUGGAAGGAGAUUUGGUAGUACGACCAUCGGAUGAUUUGUUCUGGUUUAAAAGUCCACGGCUAGUUCUCUUCUUGAUCCAUUUCAUUCUCUUCCAAAACUCCUUCGAAUUGGCAUUUAUCUUCUUUAUCUUCGCUCAAUAUGGUUUUGAUUCUUGCAUCAUGGGACAAGUCAAGUUCAUAAUCCCAAGACUCGUCAUCGGGGUAUUGGUUCAGCUUCUAUGCAGUUACAGCACUUUACCUCUCUAUGCCCUAGUCACUCAGAUGGGAAGUUCAUUCAAAGGUGCAAUAUUCAACGAUCAGAUGCAGAACCAGAUUGUUGAAUGGGCAAAGUCUGCUAAAAAGGGAGUGAAGAAAGGCUCAGUUCAUGCAGGUACCAGUCAUGAUGACAGUCCAACCACUCUAGCCACUCCUUCACCACGGUCUGUUCAGUUGCAGUCGUUGCUAGGCAGAGGCGUUGCACAACAAAAUCAGCAUUCUAACGGAAAACCAGAGAUUGUUGAGGAAGAAGAUUCAUAA